UGUUCCGAAUAAUUCACGAUGGCGGCUUCCAAUGAUGUUGAUGUGGAAUUGGAACCUUCUCUGAAGAAUAUUGUGGACCAGACGAGUUUGAAAUGGAUAUUUGUCGGUGGGAAAGGAGGUGUUGGAAAAACAACAACAAGCUGUUCUUUAUCAGUGCAACUUGCCAAGGUAAGGGAGACAGUCUUGAUCAUAUCAACUGAUCCUGCUCACAAUAUUUCUGAUGCCUUCAACCAGAAAUUCUCCAAGGUGCCAACACUGGUCAGCAGUUUCCCAAACUUGUAUGCUAUGGAAAUAGAUCCAAACUUGGGAUUCUCCGAGCUCCCUGAUGAAUAUUUUGAGCAGCAAGAUGCUAUGCACAUGGGAAAGGCCAUGGUUGGGGAACUCCUGAGUGCUUUUCCUGGAAUUGAUGAAGCUAUGAGUUUUGCUGAAGUCAUGAAACUGGUGAACGGAAUGAACUUUUCGUGUGUGGUGUUUGACACUGCCCCCACUGGUCACACACUGCGCCUUCUCUCGUUUCCCUCCGUCAUAGAGAAGGGACUCGGCAAGAUUCUCCGACUAAAAAACCAAGUGGGACCAUUUAUAUCACAGAUGGCAGGUAUGAUGGGGAUGCAGGACAUGAACGCAGACGACAUGUCCACCAAACUACAGGACAUGCUAACCACGAUCAGACAUGUCAACGCCCAGUUCAAAAACGCAGAUGAAACAACAUUUGUGUGUGUUUGUAUAGCAGAAUUCCUGUCACUGUACGAAACAGAAAGACUGGUACAAGAAUUGACGCGAUAUGGUAUAGACACUCACAAUGUUGUGGUCAAUCAACUCUUAUUUCUAAAGAAGGGGACAGAACCGUGCAAAAUGUGCAAGUCUAGACACAAAAUACAAGCCAAGUAUUUAGACCAGAUUGCAGAUCUGUACGAGGACUUCAACGUGACAAAGUUACCUUUACUGGACGAGGAAGUUAGAGGAGCAACAAAGAUAACAGAAUUUUCCGAAAAUCUACUGGAACCGUACAAUGUAGAAAAAUCGUAGCCUUAGAUGGGGAUAACAACUGGGAUUAUUUAUUGUGCACGGUUAACAAAUGAUGGAAAAUUGUUGAUCUAGGUCAUUUAUAUGAAGUUGCGUAUUAAUGGUUAAUAAAUUACCUGAUCAAAUUUUUCGACCAAUUUAUCGUUAAAUUCUGUUUAUUUCUUUUUAAACAGUUCAUUGUUUAGUAACAUGGUUGACCAAGUGAAAUAAAGUUCUGCUGAAUACAGCCUAAGUGAGAUCAUCAUGACAUUUGGCGAAAUGUUGAUAAGUAAACCAAUCUUAACUGCAGUUACUUUGAUCACAUUUGUGUACAGAAAUGGUAAUGUCUGAAUCAACAGAAUUUGAAUUGACUCUGAUUAUCAGCACUUCAAACUAUCAGGCAAAUUUUCAAUUCAUUGACUGUAGUUAAGGUAAAUUAGGUAACUUACACAGGUGAGUUUAGGUAACACCAUUAAACUAUUAACUUGGUAAUCCUGCGGCUACAUAGUUUGCUCUGUCGCUUCAUACACCUCUAAACGAAUCUUCUGCAAUGGUGAAUUGCCUACUAUAAAUCCCAUCUUAUAAAAUCUGAACAGUAUUCCUAGACCACUGUAUCCAAUUUUUACAUUUUAUACAGCAUAGACAAUGGGUUAAGAAGAUUUGAUAUUGUCUUUAGACAAAAAUGUUUCAUAGACAGGACUUUUACUAAGCUUUUGUAUUUUGUGAAUUCUCAGCAUCCACAGCACAUGUAUCAAAGAGAACAGAUGUUAUUUAGCCUUCAUUAAUAAAGGAACAUUUUGAAAGUAUUUCAUCAUACUUUGAUACAUGUUCUUUAAUGCCGGAAAAUCAAUCGGUCUAACUUCAGGUUUGAGUAAGAGCUUCGAGUCCUUUUCAAAGAAUGACUAGAUUCUUAAAUGGACUAGAUUCUAACCGCAGGACUACUAGAUUAAUAAAACCUUCAAAACUACUUGGGUAAGGUAUUCAAUGUGAUAGUACAUGCUACAAUAGUUGAGUAAACUUUAUAUUAUACUACAUGUAUCUGUUCAUAUUUCUUUGGUUGAUUUUUCUUUUUGAUAUUCACACAUAGGUCAGGUUUACUCAAUAUAAAUCUAGAACCACAGUAUUGCAUCUGUUGCCUUUUUUAACCUUUAGAAAAUUGAUCCUUGAAAUUUGAAAUAUAAUACUGAACAGAUUGAAGGCCUAAUAUCAAAUCAUUCACAAUUAACUCUUCAGAUCCUAUAAGAAUUCAUUACAGCUGUAUUGAACUUCCUUAUUCUGUGUGGUGUAUUCUAUAGGGUGUAAUAUAGCUAGAAACAGACAGUGAUACAGUCUGAUAUGUUGAUACCUUCAUUGAUUCACCCUUUCACCACUGUAGUCCAUAAUGGACUCGUCCAUAUCAAUGCAUGGUAGAGUCUACUUAAGUUACAUAGAGGUGAAAGGGUUAAGCCCUGAAAGUACUGGCCCACUCCGCCCAUUUAAUUGUUCUUUUUUGAAGGGAAAUAUAUGACUUGAGUAGCCAUGCACUGUACCUUGUGAUUGUCAAAUGUGAUUUAUGCAUAAUUACACACUGCAGUGUAAAACCGUUUUUAAUGUAUAUACAUGUACAUAUAAGUCAAAUGUUGUCAGAUUGUAUCCUAUUGUUCCCUAUUAUUAGACAUUAACCAUAACAACUACGUAACACAUUUACUAUAAAUACAAUUUCAAGCAGAACACCGGGCAUUUUAAUGUUUUGAUAUUUUCAUGAGGUUUUUAGGUCAC